AUGGAGAAAACACUCAGUGAAUCAUCGCAGGCUCGGCUCAAACAGAAGGAAGCAGAGAAUGAGAAGGUCGUGCUGGAUGUCGAGAACAAUUAUUGUCGUUUGAAAGCUGCAUUGAUGAGCCGAUUAUCGAAACAACCUUCAACUCAGCCCAACCUGCAGCAACUAACGGCUCAAGGUACUUCAACUGGUCUGUCUCGUGUCAAGCUUCCGGAAAUCCGUCUACCAACCUUCGGAGGACAUCUCAAGGACUGGGUGACCUUUCGCGAUACUUUUCGGAGUUUGAUCCAUAAUAACCCACAGCUAACGGAAAUGGACAAAUUCACGUAUCUACGGUCAUCGCUCAGUGGAGAAGCUCUUCAGGAGAUCAAUUCCGUGGAAAUGUCAGACGUCAACUAUGUGGUUGCCUGGACGAUGCUGGAGAAGCGAUAUGAAAACAAGAAAUUGAUUGUUAAAGCUCAUCUUGAUGCCUUGUUUUCGAUUGAGCCCAUACGCAGAGAAGGAUACGAGUUGCUCAGUCGUCUAAUCAGCGAUUUUGAUAAACAUCUUCUCAUGUUGGAUAAAGUUGGAGAAGACACAAACAACUGGAGCACCAUUCUUGUCUACAUGGUGUGCUCUCGUUUAGAUUCCACCACGCUUCGAAAUUGGGAAACACACCAUAACUCAAAGGAAGUGCCCAAGUACAAGGACCUCAUGCAUUUCCUAAGAGAUCAGUGCUCCGUGUUGCAGUCUGUGGCUCCAGCUAAGGCUAUCGUCGUCCCUGAGAAGAAGGCAAAGUUCUCCGUCACCAACUCUGUUGUUCAACCAGCGUUCAAGUGCCCAUUUUGUGGAGAAGGAUUCCAUUCUGCUUUCCGAUGUCUGAAGUUCCUGAAACUGAAGGUUCCCGAGCGCAGCGAAGCAGUACGAAGAAGUCGGCUUUGCCUGAACUGCCUAUAUCCUGGACAUCAGGCGCGUGUAUGCAGUAGAGGAGCAUGCCACCAUUGCCAGCAGAAGCAUCAUUCCCUGCUGCACCCGGAACAGCAGCCACCAAGCGAACAUCGGAACAGAUCCUCCGUCCCACAAGGGCAACCUAGACCCUCAGCAGUCAAUCAGCAGCAACCACAGACACAGUUACCAAACCAGCACCAACCUGCACAAGCUCACACUACACAGCAACCCACACGCACACCUUCCGCAUCACACUCACAAUCCACCGCACAACCAUCCACCUCACAUCAAUCAAGCACCAAUCAGAACACUGUAGCCCUGCCGACAAACACACAGUUUUCUACGCAAGAUAUUCUAUUAUCAACUGCUCUUGUCUGCGUACAGGACAGUUACGGCAAUUCGCGACUAGCCCGCGCGUUGCUAGAUUCGUGUUCGCAGUUUUGCUUUAUGACAACACAGUUCUCUAGCAAACUGAACCUACAAAGUUCGGCUGAACAUAUGUCGGUUCAAGGCAUCGGUGGUUCUGUAACCGUAGCACGGAAGUCGGUGAAAGCGACAGUCCUCCCUCGAAUUUCGGAUUUGUCACCAUUCCACGAGGAGAUGACUUUCUACGUCUUACCCGAACUGACUGCACCCUUACCAGCACGGAAGAUUAACGUCGUCAACUGGAAUUUCCCGAGCAACAUCACAUUCGCCGAUCCGCAGUUCCACGAGCCAGGUCGUAUAGAUCUAAUCAUUGGAGCAGAACAUUAUCUGGAUCUGCUCACCGACGGUCGGGAGAAAAUUGUGGAUGGAGGCCCUACGCUGCAGAACACAGUUUUCGGAUGGAUAGUGUCUGGUCGAGCAAUCGAUCAUUCGUUAUCAGUGCAGCAAACGUCAGCAUAUUCCUGCACACUUGCGAACCUACAAGAACAGCUAUCAAAGUUUUGGGAACUGGAAACCUGCCACACCCAUUGCACUCAGUCUGUGGAAGAAACCGCAUGUGAAGCAUACUACGACCAAACAACCGUUCGCGAUGAAAGUGGUAGAUUCGUCGUCACUCUUCCCAAAAGAGAUUACAUCGUUGCUCAGCUCGGAGAAUCAGAAGGCAUUGCAACCAGAAGGUUUCUUGGCUUGGAGAGAAGAUUUCAACAGAAUCCAGAACUGAAGGUAGCGUAUGCAGAGUUCAUCCGGGAAUAUGAACAGCUUGGACACAUGGUGGAAGUUCCAGUUUCGGCAUCACAAGGCAACGAAGUCUCCCCUGUAUACUACCUUCCUCAUCAUGCAGUAUUCAAACUAGACAGCACCACAACCAAACUGCGCGUGGUGUUCGAUGCGUCUUGCAAAACCAGCAGUGGAGUUUCGCUCAAUGAUGCGCUAAUGGUCGGCCCCGUAAUCCAAGAAGACUUGAUCUCCAUCACUCUCCGGUUUCGGCUGUUUUGUGUGGCAAUUGUGGCGGACAUAGAAAAAAUGUAUCGCAUGAUACUUGUCCAGCAUGGCGACCGGUCUCUCCAGCGAAUUGUUUAUCGAAGCUCACCCGAUGAACCCCUGAGAACGUAUGAGCUGACUACCGUCACUUACGGCACAGCUGCAGCUCCGUAUCUGGCGACGAAGUGCCUUCAGCGACUAGCAGAUGAAGAAGCAUCCAAGUUUCCACGUGCUGCGAAGGUACUACGAGAAGAUUUUUAUGUCGACGACAUGUUGACCGGAGCGAACACCGUAGAGGAAGCGAAGCAGUUGGCGGAAGAAAUGGUGGAACUCACUGCAUCCGGAGGAUUCAACCUACGAAAAUGGAACUCCAAUAGCAAGGAGCUGCUGGCACAACUACCACAAGAACUGUUGGAUAGCCGAGCAUUGUUAGAGCUGGAUUCAUCGUCCUCUCCAGUGAAGACACUAGGCUUGCAAUGGGAGCCACAAUCAGACAGCCUCCGAUACGACUCACCACAGUGGAAUAACGAUGUUGUUCAAACGUAUAGUUCUCGCUGA